GGGGGAGGGGCCGUGAAGGGGAGGGGCGAGAACACCACAACUGCUAAUACUCCUCAGACAACUGUCCGUCAAGCUCAGUGAUCGAUGUCAUCGGGAUAAACACGGUUAGCGCAGCCCUGGAUUCUACCCUCACGGAGGCAAACAGGAGGGGAAUAAGGCAGUAAAGGAAAAGGCAACAUUGGAGGGCUUGGGGUAGGGUCCUCGCUCACACUCCAGUAUCUUUCCGGCUAAGUUCUCUCUGAUUGUCUCCCACCUUUGGGGCACCAACCUUCCUACUGUCAUUAUUUAGUCUAAUUAGGGGUGAUUUCUCUUGGGCAGUAUGAGGGGGGAGACAGGAGGAGGGAGGGAAGAUGUCUGUGUGAAGAUGAAGGGUGGAUGGGAGCUAGUUCCAGGAAACAUCAAAGAGAUUCUUAAUACCCUUCUCCGUCCUCCCUCAGGUGCCCACUAGAAGACCAGAUCUAACCCCCCUUUCCAUUUAUGAAACUGCUCUCAGGAAGGAGUCAGAUUUGGAAAUACUUAUAAAUUUAUUUACACUAAUAUAAAUGGCUGAUAGUUUGAAAGUAUAUCUCCCAUUUAAAAAACAAACAUUUAAUGGUGGCCAGAGACAACUCCACACCCAAUUCAAUUUAACAUCAAUUUGACAGCUAUUAUGUUCUGUGCUCUAUAUUGAACAUAUAAAGCUUAAAAAAAAAAAGACUGCCCUCAGGGAGCUUACAGUCUAACACGGGGAUACAAUAUGGAUAUGAUAUAAGGAACAAAGGAAAGAGAAAACACUUUUAGGGCCAAGAUUUCCAAAUUUGGUUGGGAAGGAGAUGUAUGAAACAUGACUGGAAAAGCUGGAUGGAAUCAUCUUGAAUAAGGCCUUCAAGCCAGACAGAGGAAUCUAUAGUUUUAUCCCAGAGGCAAAAAUAGCUCAUUAAAAGUUUUUGAAGACUAAAAUGACAUGGUAGGACCUGGGCAUAGGCAGUCUCUAGGAUGGAUCAAGAGAGGGGAGAGAUUGGAACCAAAGGUAUCCACUAAAAAAUUUGUGAUUGUUCCUGCAAGAACUACAAGCCUGAAGUAACUUCCCAGGUGAGAAUAUGGAGGGAGAAUUAAUUUAAUUCAACAUUUAUUGAGUGCCUACUCAACAAGGUCCUAUAGUGGGCACUGAAUCAAGUACUUCUUCCUAAAUUGUCUUCACUAAAGGCAAGUCACCUUAAUAACAAAUUAUAUUUCUAUAAUCAUUUAUGAUUUCCAAAAUCUUUUUCUACAUAGUAGCUGUUUGAGGGUGAUUAUUAUCCCCAUUUUACAGAUGAGGAAUGAGGCAAAGAUAAUAACUAAUACGAUCUAUAUAGUCACUUUAAGGUUUGCAAAAUGCCUUUCAUAUGUAAUCUCAUUUGACUAAAGAGAAGGGAUGUUACUUUGCCCAGAGUCAAGAUGCUAGAAAGAGGAUCUAGAAUUUCUAUCCUAUAUUUCUACAUUAUUUUCUAUAUUUCUAUAAUUUUUCUGAUAUUCCUAUAAUAUUUUUGAGGCUGGUAAAAUGCUUUACAUGUGUUAUUUCAUUUGUUGUUACUUCUUAAAAAUUAUCAACUAGGAGGGCAGCUAGGUGGCACAGUGGAUAGAACACCAGACCUGAAGUCAGGAGGACCUGGUUCAAAUCUAACCUCAGACAUUUAACAUUUCCUAGCUGUAUGGCCCUAGGAAAGUUACUUAAUCCCAAUUGCCUCAGCAAAAAAACCAAAAACAAACAAAACAAGGAAACUGACAUUUAUAAAGAUUAAAUACCCUCACUAUGAUACAACAGGUAAAUUACAGGGAAGGAUUUAAAUUCAUAUUUCACACUCUUUCCAUUGUAUCAUGCUGCCCAGUAAGCUUGUAUUAGUCAGAGGGUCUUUGAGUGUCAAAGAAAGGAAUUGUUUGAAGGUUAGGUACCACGCUGUAUUUAAGUCUUUCUAUUUCUUCACAUUUUCCUCUAAAUCCACAAAUUCCUCUAAAAUAUUUUGUUAGAAAUUAGGCAAAUAAUUAUGCUUUAGCUACAAAAAUGGAAUUCUUUAUAAAACUACUAGCAAAAUCCUAUUCUUGGUCAUCCCUAUCAGGAUGAUGUCAAGUGUAGUCAAUUGAUCCACAUGAUAUAGGCAGUGGGAUUGGAAUGUUUAAGAUUUAUAAAGCACUCUUCCUACAACAAUCCUAUUGAAUAUAUAAUGCAAGUAUAUAUCUAUUUUAUAGAUGGGAAAAUUGAGGCUCAGAGAUAGAUAAAGGGAUUUGAACAAGAAUUGGAGCUGGGACCUUCCAUCCUGGUCUAUGUCCCAAGAGCAGCAUUCUUUUACUAUAGUAUCUGACCUUUCCUAUUUCCUAUUAUCCCCCAUAGGAUUAGACUAGGAGCCAUCUGCCAUAUUUCCCCCACACUUUCCUAAUCUUAUGAAUCUGCUGCCUAUGAUAUUCUUUAAGCUUGGCUUUCUCCUUGAAUCAUGUCCAGAUCUGCUACCAAAAAAGGAUCACUCCGCAUAGUGGUUAGAGCAAUGGACCAAGAAUCAGGAAGACUAAGAUUUCAAUCCUACCUCAGACCUUUCUGACCCAAGGCAAAUUACACUCUCUGCCUCAGUUUCCUCUUUUGGAAAAUGAGAAUAAUCUCAUGGGUUAUGAGAGUCAAAUAAGAAAACAGAUGUAAAGUACUUUAUAAUACUUAUAGUGUUGUAUAAUUAUUAGCUUUUAUUAUUUCCCAGGAAAGCUUUCCUAAACACUUGCCACAAAGGUGAUUCUGGACUUGGAGUUUUUUAGACCCGAGUUCAAAUUUAUCUCAGAUAUUCAUCUAGCCUGGACAAGUCCCUUAACUGCUCUCAACCUCAAUUUCCUCAUCAAUAAAAUGGGGAUGAUGGUAAUAUCUACAAAUGAGUUAAUACAUGCAAAGCAUUCUGCAAACCUUACAUUCUCUAUAAAUCCUAGCUAUUAUUAGGUAAAUUUUACAUCUCACACAGAAGCCAAAUCAGUGCUCAUUAAAUUUAUACUCCCCCUCCCUGCACUGGCUGCACAGAAGCCUAUAAAAUUUUUUCUGAAAGAAUGAAAGGCUUAGUUUUAGAUAAGUUUUGUUACAUGGAUAUUUAGUAUCCCAAACAUGCCUUAGAAAUGUCUAGUUUAGUUCCUACUGGGAGCUGCCUAAUGACUUCCCUGAAAUGUGAUUGCCCACAAAUGGGUGCUUUUGAAAUGUCCAUACUUGAAAAACGUCUCAAGUUGUUCACAGAUGCUUUCCCUUCUUACCCAUAUAAUACAAAACGAAAUUUUAGUUCAAAACCAGUCAUUGCAGUCUUUGAAUGAAGCUAAAAUUCUUCUGAGUUUUUGCUAUUUUCAAGCUUAAGCUUGAGCUAGGGGGAUCUUAGAGAUCCUUCUAAUUCUAACUCAGUUCUACAGAUGAGGAAACUGAGAUCUAAGGAAGUAAUUUUCCUAAGGUCCCACAGCUGGUGAUUUAACCCCAGGUCCUCUUCAGGGUUUUUUCAACAUUGGCCCUUGCCAAUCAUGCCUAAUUUUCCUUCUCUAUAGUUAUUUUUAAUUGCUCUGACCCCUCUCCUAAUCUUCAAAUGGGCAUUGUGUUAAGCCACAGAUAGUCUGAAGUCUAGCACUUGAAACCACCUAAGAAAUCACCUAGUUUAAUGAUCUGAGGCCUUCAAGAGGGGAAAUCAAGUGCCCAAAGUCACAGAGUCUAUUAGGAGCAGAGAGCUCAGCUCUUCUGACUUUAGGGGAGGCCGACUUCUCAGACAAUGUCAUAGGCUAAGCAUUUGGUUCUGUUUGGCGGAUGGAUCUUUCACCCCCAAAUUCCACUCAACUGGCCUUCAUUUAAUGGGAAGUCUAGCAUCCUGGGUUUUAUAUAUAAAGUAAUGGGAUUAAAUGACUUGCCCAGGGUACCACGUCUGAAGCACAAUUUGAACUCAGGUUCUCCUGACUCUACUGCCAGUAUUCACUAUCACUCAACUGCCCCUCCUAGGUUUUAUUUCUGACUCUCCCAUUAGUUGCCGGUGAGAUGUUGAACAAGUCACAUUCCUCUGGGCUAAUUUUCCUCAAAUGAAAAAUAAGACAGGCUCAUUCAGCUCUGAUACUUUACUUCCUAAGGUCCUUUCAAACGCUCUGGCUUUGCAAUUCAGGCUAGGUAUGGCUCCUUCUUCCUCUCCUCCCCCCAUCUCCCACUUUCAGUCCUAGCAGAAGUAGUCCAAGCCUUCCUACUCUUACAAACCAAGCCUGGAUUGCUCGAUAGGAGCCAGGAAGGCUUCAGUCCCAGCUUGGUCCAGUCUCACUCUAAGGUAACUUGCCCAUUCCAAAGAUCAGUUACAUCUUUUAAUAGAGUCACUUUAUAAGAUUAAAUGAUCUCUACGGGCUUUUCCAGCCCUGAAAGUUGAUGGUUUGUGAGUCCAUCUCCUAUCUCUACAGAUGAGAUCUGAUUUUGGAUUUCCUCAGGAUCUCCUUAGGCUCUCUUAGCAGCCUUUGCUUCUAGCUAGGAGUGCUAUUCUUAUAGCCUGUCUUCUUUCUUACUUGCUAAAUUAUUGUAUACUUCAUAUAUGGUAUUAUACACACAUUUCUAUUAGUGACUAGGCACUAGCCUCCUUACAAUCUUCAAUCUGAAAAGCAGGGGGGUAUUAUCCCGUUCUGAGGGAAGUAAUAGGUGUUGAGGCUUUGCAUUACAGCCCCCUUGCUCUCUGGUGUGGGGCUUUCUAAUCAGUAAGAUGAUAACAGUAUUAGAUGGUGCUCACAGAAUAUUCUCGUUUCAAAACUCAAGGGCCUUCCGGUUAUGACGUUCUGAGAUAGUCGCUUUAAAUUCCCUUCUUCAUAGAGCCUCCCUCCCCCCCACCCCCCUUGGGAUGUUGCUAUAGUGAAUCUCCUUGGCAAUGACCCUAACGGGGUGGGGUGGGGGAGACCCGGGGACGCAUGCUCUGUGCCGGCUGGAGGGAUUCCGCCCCGAGCUGGGGGUCCCCAAACAAAGGUGCUGGAAGGGCGAGGCUGCGUGGGCAUUGUCGGGCACGGAGCUUAGACACGUCUGCAGGGAAGGCGGUCGCAGCGCAGUCGUGCCCCAUCCAUCUCUCUCCGAUCCUUUCCUGGAGUUUCUGGGCCGCGCGCUGCCAAGCGCACAACCUGCGGGGCAAGACACUCGCUAUGGCCGCUCGGCCCGCCGCCGGGGCCCCGGUAUCGAUGCUGCUCGCGCUGCUGCUGCUGCUGCUCGUACCACGGCUUCUGACUGCCGAGCCCGCAUCAGGAAGUGUCAUCCCGGCAGAAAGUCGACCUUGUGUGGAUUGCCAUGCUUUUGAGUUCAUGCAGAGAGCCCUCCAGGAUCUGAAGAAGACUGCCUAUAACCUUGACACAAGGACAGAGACCCUCCUGCUACAGGCUGAAAGAAGAGCCCUGUGUGAAUGCUGGCCAGCAGUGUCAUAGCCAAUCCCUGUUUCUACCCUGCAGUUAGAAAAAUCCCCAAACUGCAGGAAACUUUGGUUCAAGAUGUUCUUCCCCAAAAGAAAAGGGGUUGUUCCUUCUCCUUCCCCCAGAGCACAUCUCCCUUGCUUCUGCCUGCAUUGCCUCAGCUGUGGCCCCCCGCACUGUGAAUUGUCUCUGGCCCAGGGACCUCCCGGCCCAAAGCCGGGGUCUGGGGUCCCUCCCACCCCCUUUUCAGGACCCCUCACCCCCACCUGGGCCCUGCCUCCCAUCCAUUCCAAGGUGCUAAGGUAUUAUUGACAAGGAGAGCUCCCAGAAGCUACAAGCAUCAAGGAGUGCUUUAGGCCAUUUCAGUGAACAUUUGGCCCUUUUCAUCUUCCUGCUGCCUAGUUGUGAGUGUCUCUGGCCCUCUUUUUCUUCUUUCUCCUCUUUCCUUCUCUUUGUCUCUCUCUCUCCCCCAUUCCCUUUCCUCUCUUCCUCUUUGUCUCUUUGUCUCUCUCUCCCUCCCUUUGCUCUGUCUCUCCUUCUCUCUCUCCCUCCCUCCUUCCUUCUCUCUCCCUCUUUCAUUCCCUCCUCCCCCCUCUCUUUCUUCCUCUCUUCCUCCCUCCUCUCCCUUUCUCUCCCUCCCUAUUUCCCCUCCUUUUUCCUCCCUCCUCCUCCCCCUCACUUUCCCCCUUCCCCCCCUCCUCGACAUCCACUCUCAUGGCUUUUUCAGGAAUCAUCUCCAUGGGAGGCGUCUCUUAGCUCUCUGCCCUGAGCUCAUGCUAGCCCUCCUGGGCACAUGCAUUUGGCUUUUCCACCAUUUCAAGCUCAGUGUGUCCCAAACUGAACUCAUCCUCUGAAAAGCGGGGAGAGUAAUACUUGCACUACCUACCUCACAGACCUGUCCUAAGGAAAGUGCUUUGAAAAACCUAAAAGCACUGAAGAAUCGUGAGUUGCUCUAUAUGUGAGUUAUUAUUUCUCCCAAGUCUGCCCUGCUUUCCAAUUUCCUUUUCCUAUUAAUGGCACCACUGCUCUCCCAGACAUCCAGGUGUGCAACCUUGGCGUCAUCCUAGACCCUUCACUCCCUCUCCCUACUCCCCUUUCUCCCAUCCAAACACUUGUCAGCUCCUGCUAAUUCUGCUUUCCCCCCUAUUCCUGCAUCUUAAAUCCAUCCUCAUUUUUCUCCUCUCCCUACCAGGCCUCUGACCUAGUGCAGACCCUCACUAACUUGACCAGGGUUGCUGCGAUAGACCCCUCAUUGGUUUCCCCUGCUUCUCGUCUCACCGCUCUCCAAACUAAUCAGAGAGCUGCCAAAUUAAGUUAAGUAUAGCUCUGAUCAGGAUGCUCCCUUGCUGAAAAACUAUCAGUGGCUGCCCAUCAUCUUCAGGAUAAAAUGUGAACCCCUGAUUUUGCAAAUUCAAGCUGUCCACAAUUUGGUUGCACCUUCUCUUGGUGGUAUUUCCUAAAUGCACUGAGCACUGGGGCCAGUCUGUGUUGCCCUGCCGAUCUUGUCCUGUACGCUCCUACCCCCAAGAAUUCGUGCAGAUUGUCCUUGGGAGCUCCUGGAACAUAUUUCCUCUUUAUUUCUGCUGGUAAAGUUUGAGGCUCAGCUCAGGAGCCACUUCCUCCAUGAAGCCCUCUUGGAUCCUCUAUUCCAACUUUUUGCUUCUUAGACUUUCCCACACUCCUUUGCUCCUGUCUCCCCUUAUCUCGUGAAAGACUUCUCUGUGCGUGUACCUUCUCACCCCUACUAGACUGUAAGCCCCUUGAGGGCAGGGGCUGGGUCAUUUGUCAUCUUUGUAUCCCUGCUCUGAGCACAGGCCCCGGAGCAUAGUAAGUACUUAUAAUAAAUGUUUGUGGCAUUGAGUGGAA